CAUGACAGAACCCUGAACGUGCCUGGUAGAUUGGUCAUGGCUCAUGACGUUUGAUCCACUGAGGUUUUUGGUAUCAUUCCCGCGUUAUAGCACACCUGUAGGUGCUGGGUAACUAGGAAGUAGGGUAGACUUUCACUUGUCUAGCUGCCGUUAAAAAUUCAACUUUCACUUGGAGGCUAGCCUACAAGCAACCCAGAUCUACAGGUGUAGGCUAUGUCUAAGUAAGCGGACGGAAUAAUUGAUGAGUGAAGUGGUGCCAACGUGAUUUUAGUAGAGGCCUAUUCCAACGUCGUUUCUGCAUUCGAAAUAAGCUACAGACAUUGAACGAUCAAUGACCUGACAACGGCUUAACGACUGAUUUGGCAGUGUCGCUAAAGGCGUGCUUCAAAGGCUGGUUCAACUAUGCUGAAACAGAAGGCACUGAGGGUGUUUGUUUUUUGUCUGUUUCUUUGGAUUGCAAUGAGGUAUUUUCUUCAUGAGAGUGAUGGAAGAAAAAUAGUUGAGAGGGCUUCCACUCAGCAGAACAGGGGGCUCUGGGGUAACAACCUUGCUCAGGAUGAGAAAAGCGAUGUGAAUGGACUGAAAUCAGGGGCCCUUCAUAGGGCUCCUCAUGGAGAAAAGGACUACGCAAAGCUACAGGCAAAGCACAAGGCUGAGGUUGAGGAGAUGCCAAAGCUUUCAAAAUCAGAAGAAGAGCUGCCAAGUGAGCCACAAAGAUCCAUCAAUGAUCUACGGCGCAUCGUGCACUUAGAUCUGAAAGGUGCCGCGCCAAAAGUGAAAUAUCUCGAACAGAUCUUCCCUCUCUUUUCUUCUCUUGGAGCAAGUGCAGUUCUGAUGGAAUAUGAAGACAUGUUUCCAUAUGAUGGGAACCUUACUCGUCUAAGAUCCUCAUUUGCAUACAGUGUGAAAGACAUCAUGGAAAUAAAGCGACUAGCGAUGAUCAGUAACCUCGAGAUUAUUCCACUGGUGCAAACAUUUGGACACCUUGAGUUUGUUUUGAAGCAUGACAAAUAUUUCGACUUAAGGGAGGUGGCAGAGUUCCCCAACAGCCUGAAUCCGCGUGUUCCCGGCUCCCUAGCACUGCUGAAGGACAUGCUGGCACAGGUCAUGAAGCUACAUCCAGAAGCCCAGCACUUCCACAUCGGAUGUGAUGAGGUGUUUGGCCUAGGAAAGGGCCAGGACUCUGAGGAGCUUGGGCACCUCUACCUCAGUCAUGUUACUGCUGUGGGAAGGUUCAUGACUGAGACCUGGCCCAGUGUGAAACUGCUUAUUUGGGAUGACAUGCUGAGGAAGAUCAGCGUUAAUGCAUUGAAAGAUUCAGGUUUGCCAAAACUAGCAGCUCCAGUGGUUUGGAAAUAUUUACCAGAACUGGACCUCAAAGCCAUAAGUGGCUGGUUAUCUAACUACCAGGAUGCUGGGUUCAAGCAUGUGUGGUUUGCAAGUGCAUUUAAAGGGGCAUCAGGACCUGACCAGAGGUGGACACCAUUUGGAAUCCACCUACAUAACCACUUGUCUUGGCUGGACAUUAUAUUUUCCAUGAGCAGCUAUCCUGACUUAACUCUAGACGGUGUAAUACUAACCGGCUGGCAAAGGUAUGAACACUUCUCUGUCUUGUGUGAGCUGCUCCCAGUAGGGAUCCCUUCCCUAGCGGUGUGUCUCCAGACGCUUAAGUAUGGUUCUUAUAAUGACGAGGCAAAAGCAGAGGUUCACCAUAUCUUGGGCUGUGAAAUAAAACUGGACAAAGACUUAUGUUAUGGCACUGGUACCUUUGCUGGAGUUGAGCUUUAUCACCUGGUGCACCGUAUCCACAUAGAUUUCCAAUCAUCAGUGGAUGACCUCUUGCAGGAUAGAAACCUGAGAGGGGCUUAUAGUCGGUAUCAUCGCAAGUACAGCUUUGGAAAUCCACGAAAUAUAGGCUUAUUCCAACAUAAGCUAACAAGGAAACUGAAGCAAUGGGAGGCUGUGAUGGAGAACCUCCACUCUAAAAUGGAAACCAUCUUCUUUCCAGACACGGUUGAGGAAUGGAUGGAGGAGAAUGUCAACCACAAUAUGGACAUGCUCCGGAUGAUGGUGCAAGAUGUACAGAGCAUCAGUCAGCGCCUAGGACGUCCAAAAUCCCAAAAGAUUUGAUUAGGAUGUAACCUAAAGUAUAAGCGGCAAACGCAGCAAUUUUAAACUACAUGGCAUUGCUCAAAAUAAACUCAUUCAUAGCUUCAAAAUCAGUGGACAGAAGAUUGUCUUUUGGGAAGACAGAAAUUAAUAUCCUUUUUUAAUGGACAUUUUGCACAGAGAUGUUGCUGAGGAAUUGGGUUGUUUAAACAAAAACUGACAUAUAGAAUCUGAGGUGUUUGUGAAUGAGGGGUGUGGUGGUGUGUAACCAGGCUGGAGUUAUCCAUAAAAAAAACCUUAGGGAAAAGUACUAUAGGAAUCUUAUAGUAUUUUGGGACUAAAUAUUAUAGGAAUCUUAUAGGAAUACUAUAGUAUUUUGGGACAUACUAUAGAAGUACUAUAAGACUACUACAGAAAUACUAUAGUGGCUAUAGGAUAUUAUAAAGGUAUUACAGAACAUAACUGUGAUGGCAGAACAUAACUGUGAUGUUCUGUAAUACCUCUAUAAUAUUCUAUAACCGCUAUAGUAUGUCUACAGUAGUAUUCCUUUAAGAUUCCUAUAAGAUUACUAUAAUGUUGUGUCCCAAAAGUGAAAAAUGGGAUAUGAAAAAUAUAUAUUAUUUUUUUUGUGUGUGUUGUUGCUACUGUACGCCGUCGCCUACCGAUAAUAUGAUUAAUAUUUUGGAAGUAUGCUAUAGUAUAUCCAUCUAUGCCUGCUCGCUGUACAAAAUUAGGCAGGGCCCACAUUUUUUAUUCAUUCCAUAGGCCUGGGGGGCACUGUUGUCACUAAUAUUAGUGGGUUAUCUCUCUUCAGACAUCAAAUGUCAUUUACAUUUUAAUAAACGAUUAUUUUGAAAUAA